UGUUCCGAUGGCGCAGAGUCACACUUUCUGCGCGAUCAGUCCUUGCUUGACGUCGCCCUUGUGAGGUGCUACUCGCGCUCUCCCGGUUUCGAUGGUUUUGUUUCUGUUCGAUUUCAUCGCCGUAGCUUGCUAAGACUAGAUGCAAUUUUUUUUUUCUUUCGCGCGUACGAGUGUUUUCCUUGUUUGUCCCACAGGAUUAUGUUAAUUUCAGUUUCGGAAGUGUGUCCACAGAAGUAAACAAUGGAUCCGUGCGUAGCUUGAUGGCAGUGCAAAUUUGUUUAUUGUUUAUGCUAUGCGUUUACCGCGUCCGGUGAAACUUCGAGAAUGGCCUGACGCGAAGUGAAAUAACAACAAACGAAGAAGAAGAUUCGGUUGACAUCUAAAUCGAUGUUAUACGGGCGGUUUAAUUUUGUUCCCAACAACAACAACAAGUGAAGUGGUUGUUCUAACUAGUGAACUAUUUUUAUUCUGUUUAUCAAAGAUUCCGACUGGUGGGGAGUGGAGUUUUGUGCUCGAAAAUCGGAUUGUGUUGAGUGAAUGAAAAGAUGUUUCGAAGGGAUAAUUCCCGAAGAAAAGUGUUUGAUGAUUAGCUAGUGAACACCCGUUAGUUGGAUUAAUUGGGAAGCUGCUCAGCUGUGUGUCGUGCGUUCGGAAGAAGCAGGAUUAAACGCUCUGGCUGUCGAAAUUGUAUCGCUUCUUGCUGCUACGCGUCAAAAUGCGACUGUCCCUGUGCAGGGCGGGCAGCACGAAGCAGCUUCUAUGAGGUGCCUUAAAAAGAAGAUGAGCCAGGUCUUCUCGCUGACCCAGAGAUACAAGCGGACACUUCAAGUCAUGGCGGCCGGCGUUUUUCUGAUCUACAUGACACUGGUACUGUACCAGAACGUCUACGGUUACAGCAGCGGCAGCAAUGGACAGGAACUUCAGUAUGGCCCAGCAGAUCCGGCAGUGGCGGCGGCAGCAGCAGCCGUGGCCGAGCCUCAAAAUGUGAUAGCAAAACGGGAUAACAGUGUUAAUAGUGUCAUCGGCAAUAGUCACGUGAUCAAUAGUGUUAGUUCUAGCAGCGGGCAACGGGCCGGUGUUGGUGGUCCACCCGCUUCCUAUCCGACCCGGUUCGACAAGUCCUACUACGACUAUCAGAACGGGCAACUUUCGGUAACGGGAACACCGAAACCGCCCACGACCGAACUGGACGAUCUGCUAAUCAGUGUUAAAACGACCAAGGGUUACCACGACACCCGGCUGGAGAUGAUCACCAAAACCUGGUACCAGCUGGCGAAGGAACAGACGUGGUUUUUUACCGACACCAACGAUCAGCACUACCAGAAGUUGACAAAUGGUCACAUGGUCAACACCAACUGCUCGCAGGGACACUUUCGCAAGGCGCUCUGCUGCAAGAUGGGCAAGGAGUACGAGUUCUUUCUCGACAGUGCCAAAAGGUGGUGGUGCCACUUCGACGACGACAACUACGUGAACGUGCCACGGCUGGUGCGGCUACUGGACGAGUACAGCCCCACGCAGGAUUGGUACUUGGGGAAGCCCAGCAUCUCUUCGCCGUUGGAGAUUUUUCUAGAUAAUACCAAAUCAUCGACCGAGGUGAACAAGAAAGUGACCUUCUGGUUCGCGACCGGUGGUGCCGGAUUCUGCAUUAGCCGGGCGCUGGCCCUGAAGAUGCUUCCGAUAGCGAGCAGCGGCAAGUUCAUGGCCAUAGGCGAUAAAAUUCGCUUCCCCGAUGACGUCACCAUGGGUUUCAUCAUCGAGCACAUUCUGAAUGUUCCUUUAACCGUGGUGGAUGCCUUUCAUUCGCACCUCGAACCGAUGGAGUUCAUUCGACCGGAAACGUUCCACGAUCAGGUUUCCUUCAGCUACGCCCGAAUGAAGAAUGAAUGGAACGUGGUCAAAGUGGACGGGUUCGAUCUGAAAACGGACCCGAAGCGGAUCUAUUCGCUGCACUGUUAUCUGUAUCCGUUUUUCAGCAUAUGCCCGAAAACGAUCAAACGAAGAUGAUCCUCGAACCCCGAACCAGACCGGAUAGCUAAGGAAUAGCACAAAACCAAAAUGGAUUCGGUCGUGUGUCAAAGUCGUUUCAAAAACCACGCGAUCGAGGAAGCCAAUUAGGAACGUCGAUUUUCGUCCACGGUUUCGGGCGAAAAACAAAACUACAUUCUGUCUGUGAUUAAACUAUUAAGCGUUAUGCGAUAAGCGAUCGAGUGGGUGGGAACAGAAAAAAAAGUACGAAGCGAACCACUUUCGAUACAUUAGCUGAACAUGUGAAUAAGGACCCAGCCAGCUACGAGUGCGGGUCAUCUAGUCUCACUUAAAACCAACCGUGUGUAUGAGAGAAAAUUUAACUUCCUGGACCGAUAAAGUAAGUCUAGGUGCGAACAAAGGGGACUUCCCCCGUUGUUCGGUUAUUAAUUUAAACAGAAAAUCAAGGUAGCUUGAAAAUCAAGUUCUUCCUGUUAGCUAAUAGGGACGCAAAAGCAAACCAACUGUGCAAAUGCUAGUAACUGUAAAUAGCAAUUUAUAAAAUAAAAAAUAAAACACGUACUAAAAUGGUUCUUGAAACGAUGUGCUCUAAUAGACAGUAGGUGUAAGUUUGUAAAAAGACGAAAAGACAGCAAUAACACUAGAAUCAAACUGUAAAUUUGACGACGAAAGAGCACCUGUAGCAUUUUUGUUAUUAUAUUCUAUGUAACGAUUGAUUAUUGUUAACGUAAAGCGAAAUUGUGUUAAUAAAUUAGUAAUUGAGAAAA